GCGCACCCGCAGCCCCGCGAGCUGCGCCACCGAAAAGGCCCUUCGCUCCAGGAGAGGUUGUCGAAGCGGAGGUGGACGAGACUGCCCCGGUCGGGCGCCGGCGUGCAAGCACUCCCCCGGCACAGCGCCGACAGCGCCCAAGGGUUACCUUAGUCCCAGCCGCGAGCAAUCCUGCCGUUGAUCGCACAGCCGCCUCUUUGAGAAUCAAUCGGCCACCGCCGCGGCCACCACCCAAGCAGCGGCCAGCGGCGGCAACACGGUCAGCAAGACCGACUCUGGAGGCACAAGAGGAGCCAGGGCCGCGAGACCGCACAAGGCGCAGGGCACCGUCUCAGUCAGAGGGUGCAGCUUCUGAAGGGGACACACCUCGUUCCAGCGCACCGGUGUCCUGGAGCGACCUUCCUAGAAGGGAGCGAGAGCGCCUGCCGGCAAAGGUACCGCCCACUGACAGGCAAGGCGUCAGGUACAAGCCGGCACCAGAGUAUUUUUCAGGUCGCGUUCCUCCGAAGAAUCCUCAGUACAAGGGGCCGCCCCACGAGGUGUUUGUGAGGCAGGUCGCUGGCAAGGAGGGCCCCGCGAGCCGACCAGCAGGCAAGCCACCGCCCCCACAGAUAUCGGGCAAUAAGCAGAAGCUUGCUUAUCACGCGUGGGCCCAGCAGCAGAGAGAGGAGGAGGAAGCUCAGGCCGCAGCCGAAGGCGCGGCAAGCUCCAGCCGAGUGCCCAGGGUGCUUGCUUCGCGCACCGAGGCCACAGUCGUUUUCGAUUGGCACAACGUGCUGGACAAGGCCUGGGUGGAGGGCAGAGGCUGCACUUGGGAUACAAGGAGAGGGUGCCACGGGUACUUCAAGCCCGCCUUCACGGAAGCGCUUAGGGCAUUCGUUGAAGAACACAAGCCCCUUUGCGUCGCAAUCCUCUCUUAUAGCUCUCGUGCCUCGGCCCCUUGGUACGAACAUCAUUUCCUGAAGGAAGCAGCUGAGCAUCUCGUUCGAGAUCUCCCGUCAUCUUCUCGCAUACGCUACGGGCAGACGUACCAACGUACUGGCCCUGACGGGAAAGCCCAGCAGCUAUCGCAAAUCACGCCACCAGCGUCGCUCAUCAUCGACGACAACAAGGCGAUUUGCAGAGAGUGCCGCAAAACAGGCGCACUAGUGGUCCAGGCGGACAAAGGGGGAGACAUCGACCAGAUUCUUUACGAACUCGACCAAGCCUCAAGGCUCAUCAAACAGGUCGGUUGUGAUCGUCUUCCCCGGGCGCGGCGGCUAGAACCGCACGAGCUACUCUUUGAGGCGUAG